AUGUAUGGGGCGAAUGGCCAAAUUAUUAAACAAGCACUGAUGGCUGAAAUGACAGGUAAAAGACUUCUGGGCAGGCCCAGAACAAGAUGGAAGGACUCAGUCGUGAAGGAUCUAAGAGUACUUCAAGAAAGGACUCAGUUAGACAUGGCGUACAAUAGGGAAGAAUGGAAUAAGUUUGUGAUGGCAGCGUUGGACCUCAAUGGUCCCUUAAGCUGUAUAUGA